CGAUUACGCAGCGUUCGUGGCAUCGACAGUCAAGGAGACUGUCGGAUAUGAUCCUAGCCCCGAGGACGAGUUUGCUGUGUUGAUGCUGGCUAUUGCAUUGUUGCAUGCGUUCGUGCAAUCGAACUAUACAGGACCUUACCUCUCCCACGAACCAACCCUCCUCCUUCCCGACUCUCUGGCCACAGACACCCCCUUCCACACCCGUCUCCAAAAACAAAUCCUUCGCGACCUCUCGCGGGACGGCGAAGACCCCUACCACCUUACCCCCCGCCCGCACUACCUUUUCCUCGCCCUAACCCUCCUCGACACCAACACCUCCACACUGUCCUUCCAACACCUUGCGACAACCUCAUGGUGGCGCGCACGUGCCUCAUUCAUCCACCAACGAAUCCUGGAUGAUCCCGCAGCCUCCCUCCACACCACAAUCUUCACCUCCCUAACCUCAAUCCGUCCCCUAGUUGAAUCCCACGGCUCUCGCGACCUCCUUGCGAGACAUUCCAUUGAAACAGGGCUUGCGAUGACGCAUUACGGGAAUGAUCGCGAAGCGUUCGGGAUGUUUGAAAAAGCUGGGAAAGAAAGUGGGUUGGAGUGGGCGCUUACGGGACGGAUGGGACGAAGGACGAAGUUUCAGACGUUUGAUACGUCGCAGUUGGUUGUUGUUGCGAAAUCGCGGGAUCGGGACUCCGGACAACCCACGGCUGAACGAAUCAGGGAUGGUGAGAAGAUCGUUGUAUUGGACAAGCCUGCGCAGCCUUCCACGGGACCAGCGCCCAAAACGCUCGAUUUGAACGACGACACCCUCCUCGAAGCAAUCUCCUUCACCUCCACCUCCACCACCCCCAUCCCAAACCCCGACCUCCGCAUCCCCCCCUCCCUCUCCACAACUCCCACCCCUCCCACCUCCCUCCCCCCCACCCUCCACUCUGAAGAUCCAAACACCCCAUCCCCCCUCCACCCCCUCGACUCCACAAUCCUCCUCGGCCUAACAAUCUGCAUCAAAAACACAAACCCAGACGACGGUAUCACAAUGGAAGAAAUGUCCCCCUACGCUGCGCGCGUGUUGGCUCAUCCUAGGAAUUGGAGUGUUCAUUCGCAUGCGUUGCUUGUUCGGACGCGGUUGGAGGCUGGGAAGGGGAGGACGGUGGAGAGGAGUGCGUUGCAGUUACAAGCUUUGGUUGAUCAGUUGUUGGAUGAUGUCGAUGCUUCGCGGCACAACACGCGUUCGGAGGCGAGUCAGGCGGGGCAUACGUCCUUUUUGAGGAGAGGUGCGGCGGGGGAUGGGGAGGAUUCAGCGACGACGAGACAGAGGUUGGGGUAUGCAUGGCAACUCCACCUCCCCGCAUCCUGGGAUCUCGAAUCCGAACUCGCCACGCGCUGGGUCUCCCUCGGCGCCAUCAAAUCCGCGCUCGAGAUAUUUGAGAGGUUGGAGAUGUGGGCGGAGGUCGCGAUGUGUUAUGGUGCGAUCGAUAGGGAGGAUAAGGCUGCUGAGGUGCUGAGGGCUCAACUCGAGGUAAACCCUAAUAGUGCGAAAUUGUGGACGUUGCUGGGUGAUGUUGAGCGGAAUCCUGCGCAUUGGGAAACAGCGUGGGAAGUGAGUGGAGGGCGGUAUGCGAAGGCCCAGAGGGCAUUGGGUCGACAUUGGUUUACGAAGAGGGAGUAUGAGAUGGCGAGGGACGCAUACGCGCUCUCGUUGAAGAUUAACCCACUCAACCAACCCGCUUGGUUCACCUACGGCUGUAUCGGCCUCGAACUAGGGGACUGGGAAAUCGCGGUCCAGGCAUUCACGCGUUGUGUAGGUAUGGACCAACAAGACGGUGAAUCAUGGAAUAACCUCGCUUCUGCAUUCUUGAGGAGUGUACCCUCCAGGAAGCGGGAUGCGUUUAUGGCGCUGAAGCAAGGUCUUGGAGCAAAGUUUGAUUCCUGGAGAAUGUGGGAGAAUUAUAUGCUCGUGAGUGCGGAUGUGGGGGAGUGGGGGGAGGUAUGUAGGGCUGUCCAGAGGGUCAUCGAGUUACGUGGUGAGAAAAUCGGGGAAGAGUGUUUGGAUGUCGAGGUACUCCAAGUGCUCAUUAACCAGGUCGUCGGGGCUACGUAUCCCGAGGGCGAGGAGGAGGCGAGGAAUAGGGGAUUACCGAGACAGGUGAAUGACUUGAUGAAAAAUGUCGUGCAGCCGAUUAUUACGGCUGAUCCACGGUUGUGGAAACUCAUGGCGAAACUCCACCUCUGGCGGGAUAAACCCGCCGACGCACUCGACGCGCACAUCAAAGCCUACCGGGUCUGGACGAACCGUCCUGAUCUCGAGACUGAGAUUGGGGCGUGGAGGGGUGCAUGUGCAGCCGCCGAGGACUUGGUCGAUGCGUAUCGGAGUUUGGGACCGAGGGAGGGGAGGAUGGGUGGGGUUGUGUGUAAGGAUUGGAAGUUUAGUUCGAGGAGUGUGGUGAGGACGCUUAGGGGGCGUGGAAAGGAUAGUUGGGAGGAUACGGUCGAGUAUGAGAGGUUGGGAGAGUUGGUUGAGGAAUUGAAGAAUGAGUAGGGAAGGUAUA